AUGGUCCAGGCGGAAGAUGGCGUCGAGGUUGAGCGGAGGCGCGAGUGGCGGCUGCGGGGAGAACCGGCUGGUGUCGUUGCCCUUGUCUCGCAUCCGCGUGAUCAUGAAGAGCUCGCCUGAAGUCUCCAGCAUCAACCCGGACGCUAUUUUCCUCACCGCCAAGGCUACGGAACUAUUUGUCCAGUAUUUAGCCACACAUUCCUACAAGCAUGGCCAGGGCAAGGAGAACAAAGCCCUAACCUACAAUGACCUGUCUCGAACAGCAGAGAACUCUGAGACCUUUCAGUUCCUUGCAGAUAUCCUGCCAAAGAAGAUCUUAGCUAGCAAAUACAUGAAAAUGCUUGAGAGAGAAAAAGAGGGAGAACAAGAAAAGGAGGAGGAGGAGGAGGAGGAAGAAGAAGAAGAAACAACUGAAGAUGAAGAACUAUCUUGAGGAUAACAAGUGAUGAUGUACACCAUAUUUUUAGAUGAUGUGCGAUAAAAGAAAUUCCUGCAAUCUCUGUAUUGGUUAAAAAUUAAGCAAGCGGAUUUCCAAACCAGUUGAACUUUCAAUUUGCUUUACAGUGAUUAUAGUACAUCCAAGAUAUUUCUAAGCAGGACUAAAUAUAUACACAGACUUUGUGUGUGUGUUAUUUUAGUGUUUGGAUGACCAGUAACCGCAUAUUGGAUGUUCUUGUCAGGUGAAUAGUUGAUCUCCAAUUCAGAGAUUUCAUCUUUGCCCAUAUUGGGCAAAUUCCAGAAGUUCAACAAUUUUAACAUGCCAGAAUUAUGGCAGUAAGAAUAUUUCAUGUAUUCUCUAAAAGGGAACAGUUGAUAGAAACUUGAAUAUCAUCUGUUCUAAGUUAGACUGUCCAGCUUAGUUGGGAACAAAAAUAAGAACUCAUUUUGGUUUUGUCAAUGACUGUGCAGUGUUGGUAUAUUGCAUCUUAAAAGAUGGGAACAACCAUGCUGCCUCAUGUGAAUAUGUAUAUUUAGGUUUGUUUAGACUUAGUUUAUAGCAGAGCUGUGCAUUGUUUUGAUAUAUCUGUGUAACAAAAGUUUUUAUCAUAUGAAUAAAACAGAAAUCUGUUUUUGGUAA